UGCGGGCGCCCUGCCGGCGGUGCGGCGUUGGUGGUAUAGUGGUGAGCAUAGCUGCCUUCCAAGCAGUUGACCCGGGUUCGAUUCCCGGCCAACGCAGCGUGCCCACGUUUUGCCAAGGUCCCGGACCUAGGGGGACCUGGCCUGGCCCUCCGGCGCCUCUGAGUUGGUCGCAAGGCCAGGCAAGCGCUCGACCUUUUCGGGUUGUGAGGAGCGGGAAGAGACCAGGCAGGGGCACCGGUGCCCAGUCCGGGAGCUCACACCCGGCUUGCCAGGCCAGCGGCAGAGACAGGGGGCAAGUGGCAGGGCAGGGACGGGACAGGCGCGGAGAGUGGAGCGCAGAGCGCAGAGCGCCGAACGACCAACGCCAGCCUCCCAAGGGAAGAAGACAUCGCCAAGGGCUUCUGCAGUGUGUGGAGAACAGACUGGAGUAGAGCGAGGGUGGGCGAGAGAAGAGGGCUAUUGCAGCCACCCAGCUUUGUGAAGAUAUUUGUCUGCGCAAGAGUGGAGUGGAGAGCAGAUUAAGCGUGUUUGAUCCCAGACCUGAAGGUCCCUGCCCUCAGCUGGCUUCAAUUGGCUUCGAUUUGAGACAGAGAAACCCUGUCUCAAAAUUAGUGUGCGUGUGCGCGUGUGUUCUCAGAGGAUAGAAGAAAGCUCUCCAACAACCAUGUUUUAGAGGUGGAAGGCUGACCACCAAGCACAUCAUUCAUCUCCUAAACCUCAUCAGACUCUGACCCAGUUCUUGAAUGACUUUGACGACCCAGAUGUUUCAGAAAGCACAUUCUGGAAGCCAAUGGCUACUUCCACCACUGACAAUUCUGCUGCUGUUUGCUUUUGCAGACAGGCAGACAGCAGACCUUCAGAAGGCUGUGGUGAAACUUGAGCCCCCAUGGAUCCAGGUGCUCAAGGAAGACAUUGUGACACUGACGUGCGAAGGGGCCCACAACCCUGGGAACUCUUCUACCCAGUGGUUCCACAACGGGAGGUCCAUCUGGAGCCAGGUCCAACCCAGCUACACGUUUAAGGCCUCAGAGAAUGACAGUGGAGAAUAUCGGUGCCGAACGGAGCAGACCAGCCUCAGCGACCCGGUACAUCUGGGAGUGAUUUCUGACUGGCUACUGCUCCAGACUCCUCGACUGGUGUUUCUGGAAGGGGAAACCAUCACGCUAAGGUGCCACAGCUGGCAGAGCAAACACCUGAACAAGAUCUCAUUCUUCCGGAAUGGAAAAUCUGUGAGGUUUCAUAAUUCCUAUAAUAAUUUCUCUAUCCCAAAAGCCAACCACAAUCACAGUGGGGACUACUACUGCAUCGGACGUAUGGGAUCUGCACAGCGCAAAUCCAAGCCUGUCACCAUCACUGUCCAAGAGCCCAAGUUCAGCAGGCCUUUACCGGUAUUGACAAUCAUAGCUGCUGUCACUGGAAUUGCUGUAGCAGCCAUUGUUAUUAUCCUAGUGUCUUUGAUCUACCUCAAGAAAAAGCAGGUUCCAGCUCUCCCAGGAAACCCUGAUCACAGGGAAAUGGGAGAAACCCUUCCUGAGGAACUAGGUGAGUACAGAAAGCCCUCUGGGGGCUCAGUGCCGGUCAGCCCAGGGCCUCCAUCUGGACUGGAGCCAGCAAGCAACAACACGUACAAUCCUUGUGAUCUCGAAGAAGCUGCCAAAACUGAGGUUGAGAAUUCGAUCACCUAUUCACUUCUCAAGCAUCCCGAAACCCUGGAUGAAGAAACGGAGCCUGAUUACCAGAAUCACAUUUAGUCUCCCUUGGCAUUGGGAAAAAGCAACCAGAAAGGCCAGGAUCUAGUGUCUCCUGGUCCAGGGGAUGCUGUAGAUACUACAGAAAACAUCCAGAGUUACUUAUGAGAGUCCUGAAACCAACAGACACCACGAUAUUGGUUCCCAACGGAUGACUGUACUAAUAACUUCCGUAACUUACAGCUUCCCAACUCAAGACUCUUCUGCUAUAGAUCUUCACAGCCAACAAAAUUAAUCAACUUACUGUCAUUAAGAGACUGCAGCAAUAUGGGAACUGCUUAUAUUACAUGCUAAGCUAAGGAGAACAAUUAAUGUUGGGAUCCGUAAUCUCAGCAAUGAGACCUGUACCAAUCUGUCAGAGUGAUGCUUCUUUAUAAGGAACUUUAAUGUUUUUAGUUUUCUAUAAAGGUCACAUGUUACUUUUAUAGUAAAAUGUUGUAAAAAAAAAUAUCUUUCCAUUUACUUUUUCAAGGCUGCAGUGAUUGGAGUUCAGCCUGAGCUCUCUGGGGUUUGUUGUCUUCUGUGAGAAGAAUCUUGGGGAAACAGGUUAACUUUUCCCUAGGGAGACCUAAGAAUCUUAGGUAGGGCCCUCAUGAUAGACCAAAGUCAUAGGAUUAUACUCAAGUCUACUUUGGUGCACCAGUGAGUUUAUUGGGCUUAUUCAUGGGGACAUGAGUGAGGGGCUCCUUUCAGGGGUGUGGCGGACCUUAUAACAGCAGUCUUCACACUGAUGACAUCUUUACAGUCGCAUAGGUGGUGCCCCACCCCCUCUUUAGUUUGUCUUCCUCAGUCUCCCAGCCCUGAAGCCUCUGCCAUUAGACCUCAGGAUGAUGAGCGUGCACUACUAUCCACCCCACACCUGGUAAUAGAUGGGAGGUAGAGAGGGCAGAUGAUGGGGCUUUGGAGCAGAGGGCCAGUGCCCCGUCCCUUCAAACUGAUGAUGCUUCCAGUGAACUCGUCUUCCUUCUUCUCUUUUCUCCUAUGACAAGCAGAAUAAUCACUUUGUUAUGUAACAGGAGUUCUUAGGAAGUCAAGCUUUGGAUGAAUGCCAGUGGUAACUAAAGACUGACCUUGAACUCCUGACCUUCCUGCGUCCACCCCCUAACUGCUCGGAUCACAUUAUAUUUAUGUGUUUGCAAAAAUCACUCAGGCAGAUAUUUAAGCAUGCUGUAACUACAUAAGUAAUUCAGAGUGUAGAAUAUAAAGGAGGAAAAAAGGAGAAAUUCUCUGUUGUCCUUAUUUCCCUUGAUUCCACCCCCCCUUUCUCUCUUUCUUUCUCUCUUUCUCUCUCAUAACCACUGUUGUAGGUGUUGUUGUACACAACAGGUUAUAUAUAUAUAUUUGAUUUUGAUAUUGUUUUUAGAAAGCCUAUACAUGAAACCAUACAUGUGAUUAUAUUGCUGAUUUCUUUGGGCUGGGCCUCUCUGGAUGUCUGCCUAACUUCUGGUUCAUUGAGAGACCAUAUCUCAAAGGAUUAAGCAGAAACAGAGAUAGAGCAGAAUGCCAGGUGUUUUCCUUUGACCCCUGCAUACCCGCAUAGGGACACCCCACACACAUGUGUGCCUAUAACACACACAAAUAAAUAAUACUACUAAGUAAAACUCUUCAGAAUUUCUGCUUUGAACUCCCUAAUAAGCAAAGGUAUGGUUGCACGGAUCCAUCCCCGGGUGGAUCUUAGUGGUUCAAUCCAAACGCACAGAACAAACAAAGCUAUUUGACAGCAGGGAGGGGACAUCCAGAAGCUCUUGCAUUCCUAAUGUGCACCUUUGUGUGUGCCCCGUGGAAUCUAUUCCGUCCUUUCUUGUAUGCUCUUUAGCAAGACCCCUCCGGGAUACUGCUCCUUGUUGUUAUUGCCUCCGUGGUACAGUGUAGAUAAUUACGUAUCUCCUUCUUCUUUUAUAUAUUCUCAUAUAUACUAAAAUGUAAGCUCAAUGCAGCCCCAUGUUGUCAUUUUUCACUAACAUAUUCCAGAGUUUAGAACAAUGCAAUAGACUGUUGAAUGAAUUAAUGAAUAAAACUUUCCUCUCACA